ACGCCACGGCGCGCCAGCAACGGCAACCCGCCAGGGGUCCACCGGAGAGGGAGAGAGAGAAAGAGCCGCGGACGAUGGCCAUGGCGGUGCGGCCGAUUGCAUCCUCGGUUCAGUCGGGCGCUGAACCCGCGCUCCGUUCGGUCGCCUACCAGUUUCUCCGCGUUCGCGCACCGAGUCGCGCGCGCGUGCCCUGGCCAUCGAUCGGCAUCCCCGUCCCUGCCCCACCUCCCUCUGUCCUCGUCCUCGUCCUCGUCCUGGUUCUCGUUCUCGUUCUCGUUGCCGCUGCCGCUCGCACGGAUACCGGAGUCGUACGUGCGCCCGGCUUACGGAGGAGAUCGGCGCCGAGAGACCGCGCGUCCAGCCUCCGACCGCCAUCACCGCCCUUUGCAGUACGGAUACGAAAAGGAGGUGCCCGGGGAGAGUGAGCCCCAAACGAAUCUGCGAGAAAGUGCACGAGGAGAGGGAUCGGGAAAGCAGACUCUUCGCGGCAGGACAGCGAAGGAGAAGGCGUCGUUGGGGUGGAUUGCAGCCGCUCGGCACGAGUCCUUACGCUCCGCGACGAGAGUCGACGAGCCGAACUCCUGUAUGGUAAAAUGCCAAGAGGCGCAUCUCCGCCAAUGAGAUCGGGGCGAUACCCAUCAGGCAGGACUCGCCGCGAGGAGACACCCGUACUCGACUCGAGGAACCGGCUUUGAGAGCCCUGAGCUCGUUCGCCGUCUCACCCCGGCAGGCAGACCCCUCACCGAGAGUCGCCCUCGUCCACCUCCCCCCUCCCCCCGACCUUCACCCGCCUCAGGGCCCGUCGAGAUGCUGGGCGUCAGCCAGCCAGGCAAUCCACCAUCCAGCUUGAGGCACUCGGCCAGCUUUUCCUGCCUCCAGCGCGGCUCGGGCAGCGAGGGCCACCGGGCUCGCACCUCGACACUGCCCCAGCAGCCGAGCCUCCAGCUUAACAUGCAGCAGUACGGGGGCCUCACGUCCUUGCAACACCGUCAGGCUGCGGCGGCCCGCGCCCAAGUUGAAGCGAGGGCGCGCGAGUCCGGCCUCGGGGCUGGGGAGCUCGGCGAGCUCGGCUGCCUCGACACCAGCAACGACUACGGCUUCGUGAGGUCGCGGGCACGACUGCGCACCGGCAACCCCUUGCCCGGCCCCGUAUUCAGGCAGCCGGACGAGCAGGAGCUCGCGACGAAGUCGGCGUACGGCUCGCGGCCGGAGCCCGCCGUGGACGUCGAGCGCUCGCGCCAGGACUCAAAGAAUCCUCUACGCGGCGCCCUCAUUCUCUUCAGCGCCUCGACGUCCUCUUGGUGGAAGAGCCGGCAGCGCGACGAGCUCGGUGGGCCGCCGCGCGGUGUUGCUACCUCGCCGACGCAGGAGCGCCGCUGGGCCAACGGAGGCGGCGCUAUGAUCGGCUGUGGGAAUCUCGCCUCCCCGAGCAAGGAGAGCGGCAAGUGGCCGGGGAGCGAGCGCAAGUGGAGCACGCCGGCUUCUUCCUCGAUCUCGGCCUCCGUCUCGGCCACGAGCUCCGCUUCAGCGGCCAACCAGGACCGUAGGUGGCGCUCCCUGGGGGCCCUACUUAGGACACCCGUUGGCCCUAGUCAGGCCUCCGCCGCCAGCCUCGAGUAUUGCGUCGAAUGUGGCUCAUUGGGUGAUGCCUGCCUCGAGGGCGGCUGCUACAGACGGGGUGUUAGCCGGAGAUUUGGCACGGCGUUGGGCGAGGGCUGCUCGCUCCGCACGGGGAGACAGCGACCCGAGGCCGAUCGGGAGCAAGAGGAGGAAGCGGUGCAGGCACAGGCGCGUCGGGUACAGCAGCAGACGCGGGGCGCGCGUUCCGCGAGGGCACAGAGCUUCUAUCUUUUAGAUGAUUUCCUGCGACCCCAGCCCUCGAGCCUCGUUGGCACAGCGGUGGCGCAAGGGGAGGCGAGGCAAAUUAAUGGAAUUGGAGUCGGGGCUGGGAUGGGGGUUGGGGUACCAUCCGGCCUGGGGGCACAGCGUGGUGUCGCCAACGUCACGCCUCCGCGGAGGCACAACUCGAGCUCCGACAGUCUCGAGGUCGCCACGAGUCCGCUGCCCCCGCCGGUCCCACCUCCGCCACCACAGAUCAACGGCUCGAGAGAGAGGGAUUGGAGCGAGGCCCUUCGCGACAAGGACUUAUGCAGGUGCAGAAUGUGCUGGAGUGGACUACAACAGAGAUCCUUGCACGAGGAGAGUCCCGGUACGCUGCACAAAGAUGUCGGUGGAGGAACGAAAGUUAGUGGAAAGUCAACGAGCGGGGUCGGUUCCGCAACCCUCACGUCUCUCUCGUCAAUCACCAACUCCACGAACGUCAUCAGGAACAAAAGCAGUCAAAUAUCACAUCGCAAGGUGCUGCCGUCCCUUGGUGGUGAUACCAAAACAUCGCGAGUGGAUCGAUCAGAUAAUAAUAACGCUAACAACACGAAUGCGAAUAACAUCCAUCUGCCCAAUCACGACCCCUUCAAUUCCAACUCGCACACCAACGCAUACGGUUUACGAUUACCAAUGACUCCUGAACAAGCGACCAAGUAUUACGGCUCCAAACUCACGGAAUUCGAAAGAGCCGAAAUUGAAAAGUACUCGGAAAUUUGGUACUUGGGCUUGUCGGCAUGUAAGAUACACGGGGAGGAGGGUGCCUCCCAAAAUGGAGGUUACGACGAUGACAAUGGGAGCUACAACAAGGUCCUUCACGAUCAUAUCUCGUACAGAUAUGAGAUCUUGGAAGUUAUUGGGAAAGGCAGCUUCGGUCAAGUGAUCAGGGCAUUAGACCACAAGACUGGCCAGCACAUUGCCAUCAAGAUUAUAAGGAACAAGAAGAGAUUCCAUCAUCAAGCCCUCAUCGAGGUUAAGAUUUUGGACCAUCUCAGGAAAAAGGAUGUGGAGGCUAAUUCGUCUCACAAUGUAAUACACAUGCUCGAGUACUUUUACUUUAGAAAUCAUUUAUGCAUUAGUUUCGAGUUGAUGAGCUUGAAUCUGUACGAGCUUAUUAAGAAGAACAAUUACCAAGGCUUCAGCUUAAGUCUCAUUCGAAGGUUCGCGAAUUCGUUGGUCAAUUGUCUCAGGCUGCUUCAUCGAGAGAACAUCAUUCACUGCGACCUCAAGCCCGAGAACGUUUUAUUAAAGCAGCGCGGGAGUAGCUCCAUCAAAGUUAUCGACUUUGGAUCGUCAUGCUACAAUCAUCAGCGCGUCUUCACGUACAUCCAGUCGAGGUUUUACCGGAGCCCCGAGGUCAUCCUCGGUUUGCCUUACGGUACACCGAUCGACAUGUGGAGCCUCGGUUGCAUUCUUGCUGAGCUCUAUACCGGCUAACACAUCUUACCCGCGCAGAGCGAGGCGCGAAAGGCCUGCAUAAUGGAGGUGCUGGGCAGGCCACCGGAUCACCUUAUCAAUCACGCGUCGCGUCGUAGGCUCUUCUUCGAUUCCAAGGGAUACCCCCGUUGCGUGACCAACAGUAAGGGUAAAAAGAGAAGACCUGGAAGCAAAAGCGUUAUGAUGGCUCUACGGUGUCGGGAUCCAUUGUUCGUUAACUUUGUUAGCCGCUGCCUUGAGUGGGACGUGAAGAAGCGCAUGACUCCGGAAGAGGCGAUGCGCCACGAGUGGCUGAGCCUAUCGUCCUCGGCGCAUCUGUCCUCCUCCUCCUCCUCGACGAUGGCCUCCUCGCUAACAGGCAGCACAGCACUGAGCGCCUGUGGUAGCGUUGUCGAGUCGAAUCAACCCCAACACGGCCAAACGGCCGUUAGCUGCGGUGCAACCGGCGUCACCGGCCCAAUCGGCGUCGUCCAGGGCGUCGUCUCGAACGCGGCCCGUCGACGGGCGGAGACUAUGGAAGAUCCCCAGCAGCAGUACGCCCUCUACAGGCUCUACCGGGGCCGCAAGUGCGUCUCGAAGAUCACGGCGAUGGAUGCUCCGGAUAGCGCGGCCCUCGUCGUCAAGGGCAAGCUCAACGGGAGCGCGAGUAGCCACGCGCUCACUACCGGGGUGCAGCCGGCAAGCUCGAGACACGCCUCCACGGGUGAUAUCGUCAUGAGUCUCGAUCCCAGUCUCGACGAUUCGGGCACCUUCUUGCCGCACAUAUUGUCUUGAAGCCGGGUGCGAGCCAGCCAUUUCUAAAGCGUUGCAGCAGCUCUUCCUCGCCCCUUCGUUCCGCAAAAUUCGUUGAAAAUUCUCGCACGAUGCUCCUUGGUUCCGAGGUUCUUCUUCACCCCUCUACCGCCAUAGU